UGCUGCUACACAGGAUUCCAAGCCGUUUGCAUGCUGCCUCUUCUGCGCACAUACUGUUUCAUAAUACAAAAAGGUUCUGGUUCAGCAAUAAUAAGAUUACAGUAAUGUUGGGUAAGCAGUAGUGUUCCAACCACCAUGUAACAAUGGCUAUAUGGAGCUGGGUUCAUGCACAUCCAUGCUUCGAGUCUCCUGUAUGAUGAUAACCACCUUAGUGGAGAUGUCUGGUGGCUGCUUACAAACAAAAGCAAUGGGAGAAGAUCUUGAGCCUCUUUAGGAAUCACGGCAGCAGCAACUACAACUGUAGAAAUAAGAACUAAGAUUGGAGUGUGUUCGGUUGCUGCAUAUUUCAGCACGGGGUCUGACUCUGCCACAGGACCCAGCCUGUUGACACCAAGGACUAUUGGACUGCAGGUAGACCGGGUGAGGAGAAGGGGAGUGGAUAUAGAGUAGACCAGUGGUUCUCAACUGGUUUUGCCCCAGACACAAAUUAAACCAGGUUGGCUCAGUCGCGAUUUGAUACACUAUAUAUACACACAGGUAUGUGGACACCCCUUCAAAUUAGUGGAAAGAAGCAACAAAAAAAACUGUCCUUCUUUAGACUAGUUGAGUAUCUGGAGCAUCAGCAUUUGUGGGUUCGAGUACAGGCUCAAAAUGGCCAGAAACAAAUAACUUUCUUCGGAAACUCGUUAGUCUAUUUUUGUUCUGAGAAAUGAAGGCUAUUCCAUGCGAGAAAAUGCCAAGAAACUGAAGAUCUGGUACAACACUGGGUACUACUCCCUUCACAGAACAGCACAAACUAGCUCUAACCAGAAUAGAAAAAGGGGUGGGAGGCCCCGGUGCACAACUGAGCAAGAGGACAAGUACAUUGAGAAACAGACGCUUCACAAGUCCUCAAUUGGCAGCUUCAUUUAAUAGUACUCGCAAAACACCAGUCUCAACAUCAACAGUGAAGAGGCGACUCUGGGAUGCUGGCCUUCUAGGCAGAGUUGCAAAGAAAAAGCCAUAUCUCUGCCUGGCCAGUAAAAAGAAAAGAUUAAGAGAUGGGCAAAUAACAGACACUGGAUAGAGAUAUGGCCUUUUCUUUAAAAGGUUUAUUGCCGACAAAGCGCGAUCAGCUUGAAUCCCGGCCCAAGUCCCAUGCUACGGGCUAGAUACCAUCAUAGGACUGUACCAAAACAUUGAUGCUUUCUGGAAUGUUCCCUACAGGUGAAAAACACAGCUGCCAAUGUACUCAGAGAGACAUGGCUUAUCUACAAACACACCAAGUUAGUCAAGAAGAUCGAUCACGCCAGGGUACGCAAACAUCAGCGCAAAUUUCUGCAAGCCAUUCACCAACUGCGCAGAGUCAAACUGGAACAGAUGAAACUCACCGACCAGGCUAACACACUUGUGGAUCUAGCCAAGACUCAGAACAUGAUGUACGACCUGGUGUCUGACCUGCAGCUGCGCAGCGAGGAGCUGGAUAGGAGGAUUGGUAGUUUGGACGACAAACUGGACUCCAUCCUAGUCAAUCUGCAGGCCCUACCCAGCCUGCUCUCCCAAGCGGUCACACAGCAGCACAAGGACUUCCUGGAUGGCUUGGCCCACCGUGUACGGAAAGCCUCGUCGGAAUCUGAGCUUCACUGGGUUCCCGCUAGGUGCCAACGGUCCCUUUCCACUGCACCACAGACCGACCAUACCUUACAGCUGACAGCCUAGCCACAUUGCCACGAUUGUGACAUUAAAUGGAUUUAUUUAAUUGUGUAUUUCAUACUACCCAUGGGACAGGGGCAUUCUAUCCUCUGACAAUGCAUUUGAGCAUGGUUAUAUCUCUCCAGCCCCAUCCCUCAGCUGUUUACUAAAAGUAGUAGCGGGCGGACGGUUUGUUUUCUUCAAAAUCCUGGAUUGCCAGUCUGUGUACCUGGGCCAUUCUUGAAUAACGGUGGCAUUUUAGGAAAAAGUCACUUUUUUGUGCAGUCCCCCCAAAAAGGGAAAAAUGCUAGUCUUAAUAAAAUCUCAUUACACCAUCGUGCUAGGGCGGCUAAUGCUGCCCCCGUAUUAGCCACCCUAACUAUUUCCCGCUACGUUACCUGCGUUGGGACACCAAAGACCAGACAACAUAAUUUGGCAAAACUUGGGGCUGUCUCAUUAAGUUCUAAACGAUGCUUCAGAUUUAUACCCCGUGACGUGUCUGGGUUUCCCCUUUUGUCUGUGGUGUAACCACCUGCAUUAUAGCUGUCAAAUCAGUGAGCUGCUUUUGUAGUAGUCAUGAAACCACACCCGCUUUAGAAGUUUAGAACGAGAAACUGCAGGCUAUAUAGAAAUAAUGACAAUUACAUUUAAAAUGAUUAAAUAUCAAGGAUUUAUCAGACUAAAUCGGUGUACAUUACAUCACACAUUCCAGUGUUUGAACUUAUAACAGUUGCAUGGAAUUUCUACUCAGUUCAUUCCAUGGCAAUGUCCGCGAUAGAUAACGUCAAGAGCGGCUUGUAGAUUUGACAGGUCGAACAUUACACAUCUGACACCGUCUAAACAAAAGCAAUGAAAAGCCACAUAUGCAUUUGUCAGCUAAAUGUGGGUUAGGGUUAGGGUUAGAGAGAGUACCAAGAGUCAUAAUACCUAGUGGUCAAACAGGGAAAUGGUUCCAAUUGUUUUUUCCACCAUUACAUUUUCCCCAUAGUUGAUUUGAGAAAACUUCAAAUUAGGGUUGUGUUCCAUGCAGGCUUACCCUGGCGUGACAUUUUGAUAACCAUGUAAAUCUCUCUAGGACAAGGUGACAAUAUAUUUGUCUGUAUUUACCUCCCCAAAAUUAAAAGCUAAUUAGCUGCUAAUGUGGCUAUUAUAAAAUAACUACAAAUGCCGUAAUGAUCUGGACGAGACUGCCGAAUUGAGGCAAAGGUAAGAAUCUCUGGAUUAAUAACAAUGUAAUGUUUGCUAAAUGUAGUAAUGGAUAAAUAGGCUACAUUUCUUUAAAAAAUGGACAAUCUGUAAACUGUCUUGUGCAAGUUUUAUAUUGGACAAUACCCGCUUGCAGGGAUUUGUAGUUUGCAUGGGAAAAAUGAAUGUUGGUAAAACAAUUGGAACCAUUUUCUUGUUAGACCACUAGGUUUUGUGGGUACUCUGACACACUGUGGGGCUCUAUUAUGGCCGGGAUUCAAUGCGAUUGCGCUUUGUCAGAAACAUACCUUUUAAAGGCGCAUGUGUUCCUGCAUUCACGGAACCGCAUCACAGAGGUAUAAUAAGAACAUUCUGCGUUCAUGGUAGAUGCUGCAUAUGUCCGCUCAAUCGCAAACUACCUGGCACAUUGUCGACAAAGCGCGAUUGGAUUAAAUCCCGGCCUAAAUUUUCCAUAUAAUUUUUUUGUUUUACUAUAAAGUAGUCAAACAUGUUUUUUGAAGACCACAUUUAUUGAAAAGACAAUCAAAAGAAAUCUAAAGAAAUUAGAAACAAUCCUUAGUAAAGAAAAAAUAUAUAUAAAUUACAAGCAAUCUACAUCUCUGCAACAAAAAACAAAAACAUUUCCAGAGAAGAAUCUUACUGAGGGUUGGGAGAUUAGAUUUUGUGGCAACAAUCUACAAACAAAGACAUAGAAAAUUGUAAUAAAAUGUUAACCAACAGGCUUUGUUUUGCAUUCAGUUAGGUAUUAACUUUAUUAUAAUUCUCUAUACGUAACAAAUACACACAUUUCCCUGAGGAAACAAUUCCACUGGAAGUUCUACAGACUCAGUGGCUGAUAUGUUCUAAAUGCCUCAAUGGUUCGUUUCAAACACUUAAUAAAAAAAAACAGGUGAUUACAGAUGCCAACAACCGGUAUAAUGUACCUUUUAAGAGCAUAGAGUUUCAGCAUACACUUCAUUGCUAUGAUAUAGCCAUAUCUGGGUCAAAUAUGAUUUAUCAGAAAAACAAUUUGUAAGUUUUAGGGUUAUCAUUAUUGAUUCAAAGUUGAAGCAUUAAGGUGCAUGGUUAUGACAGUUGAGAGAAUCAUUCCCCUAGCAGCAAAACAAUCGUCUCUAGAGGAGAGGGGUUGUGAUAUCCACAGCAAUGCACACUCUUCAGCCUGUACAUUAUGAUUUUACAUACAGACUGUGUAUAAAAAUAUUUUAGGUGCCAGGUGCUAGUGAAAACGAACAUUCAACUAAAGAUUGUCAGAAUAUUUCUGCCCAGAAACAAUAUUUGUCAAACUGAGGUGCCAAUACAAUGCCUUUGGAAAGUAUUCACACCCAUUUACUUUUUACACAUUUUUGCUGGAGUGAGAGUUUUUGGUCAACGAUCCACACACAAUACUCUGUCAAAGUAGAAGAAAAAUUAUAUAUUUAUAUAACAAAUAUUUAUUGAUUAGAUAAGUAUUCAAUACGUUAGAAUCACCUUCGGCAGCAAUUACAUCUGUGAGUGUUUUGGGGUAAGUCUAAGAGCUUUGCAUACCUGGCUUGUACAAUAUUAGCCUAUUAUGCCAUUUAAAAUUCUUCAAGCUCUGUCAAAUUGGUUGUUGAUGAUUGCUGGACAGCCAUUUUCAAGUCCUGCCACAGAUUUUCAAGCAGAUUUAAGUCAAAACUGUAAUGAGGAACAUUCAAUGUUGUCUUGGUAAGCAACUGCAGUGUAUAUUUGGCUUUGUUUUUUAGGUUAUUGUUGACAGGUGAAUUUGUCUCCCAGGAAAGCAAAUCAGGUUUUCCUCUAGGAUUUUGCCUGUGCUUAGCUCUAGUUCAUUUAUCUUGAUCCUAAUUAACUCCCUGGUCUUCACCAAUGACAAGCAUACCCUAACAUGAUGCAGCCACCACCAUGCUUGAAAAUAUGAAGUGUGGUACUCAGUGAUGUGCUGGAUUUGCGUCAAACAAAACACUUUGUAUAUAGGUCAAAACGUUCUUUACCAAGUGUUUUGCAGUAUUGCUUCAGUGCCUUGUUGCAAACAGGAUGUAUGUUUUUGAAUGUUUUUAUUCUGUACAGGCUUCCUUCUUUUCACUCUGUCAAUUAAGUUAGUAUUGUUGGGUAACUACAAUGUUGUUGAUCCAUCCUCAGGUUUCUCCCAUCACAGUCAUUAAACUCACAAUUUUAAAAAUCAGUAUUGGUCUCAUGGCGAAAUCCCCGAGCGGUUUCCUUCCUCUCCGGCUACAGAGAUAGGAAGAACACCUGCAUCUUUGUAGUGACUGGGUGUAUUUAUACAUCCAAAGUGUAAUUAAUAACUUCACCACCCUCAAAUAUUGUCUGCUUUUUGUUUUCUACCAAUAGGUGCCCUUCUUUGCGAGGCAUUGGAAAACCUCCCUGGUCUUUGUUGUUGAAUCUGUGCUUGAAAAUUACUUUUGAACUGAGGGACCUUCCAGAUAAUUGUAUGUGUGGGGUAGUCAUUCAACAAUAAUGUUAACAACUAUUAUUGCAUGCAACUUAAGCACAUUUGUACUCCUGUACGUAUUUAGGCUUGCCAUAUGAAAUGGGUUGAAUAGUUGACUCAAGACAUUUCAGAUUUUCAUUUUUAAUUAAUUUGUCAAAUAAAUUCUAAAAAAAACAA